AGUGACACCUUGACCCCUGUUCUGAACUGUGUGAAGUGUCUGAUAUUAAAUUCACUUAAAUUACGAUAUCUUUGUCUUUUACCCCCUUGUUCUUUGAUGUAAACUCUGUAUCUAUACCAUCUACUAUACUCGCAAAGAUCCCCAAUUCACAUUAACUUCAUUUCACUUCCCGAUGGCACUUUCUCAACACCUUCUCUUCACACUCUUUUUCUUCAUCUACUCUACCACUCUACUUGCUUCAGUCUCACAAGACAAAACUAGCCUUUUAAGCUUGAAGAAGAACAUUUAUGAUGACCCUUUUAGCCUCUUGACAAAUUGGAAAUCAAACACUGAUCAUUGUCAAUGGUAUGGAAUCACCUGUGAUUCACUCACCGGGAGAGUCAUUGCCGUCAAUAUCACCGGAAAUAUCUCCGGUUAUCUCGCCGGCUCAGUUGGGGACUUGAGUGAGCUCCGGGUUUUGUCGAUUCCUGAUAAUGUGUUUAGUGGUGAGAUUCCUGUGCAAGUGGGAAAUCUCCGAUUGCUUCGGGUUCUUGAGCUUCAACGGAAUAAUUUUUCUGGGGUUAUUCCGAAUUCGAUAAGGUACAUGUCUUCACUUGUGAUUGUGAAUUUGUCGAAUAAUUCGUUGUCGGGUCAGAUUCCUGAUGGUUUGAUAGGGUUUGGUAGUUUGAGUGAGAUUGAUUUGUCUAAUAAUGGGUUAACGAGGGGAUUGUUGAUUGGUGGAAACUGUUUGUUUCUGAUUCAUUUGAAGUUGUCUAAUAAUUUCUUUGUCGAUCAAAUUCCGGGGGAGAUUGGGAAAUGUUUGAAUUUGAGGACACUUUUGUUAGAUGGUAAUAUUUUUCAAGGUCAGAUUCCGGAGGAGAUUGGGGGGUUGUUAGAACUUAGAGUUCUUGAUGUUUCGAGAAAUAGUUUGACUGAUAAAAUCCCGAAAGAGUUGGGGAAUUGUUUGAAGCUUUCGGUUCUUGUGCUGACAAACUUAGUUGAUUUUAGUGAAGAUGGUGAUAGUUCUAUGGGUAUUUUUAGAGGAGAAUUUAAUGCUUUUGAAGGAGGUAUUCCGUAUGAGGUGUUUUCACUUCCGAAUCUUCAUGUGUUGUGGGCUCCAAGAGGAAAUUUUGGGGGACAAUUGCCUAGUUAUUGGAACCAGUCAUGUUCACUUAGAGUGCUCAAUUUGGGGCAGAACAAAUUUACUGGUCUGUUGCAUGAGAGCAUAGUGGUAAGGUGUGAGAAUAUUACAUUUCUAGAUUUGAGUGACAAUGCCUUGCAAGGAGUGUUGCCUUUGCAACUUCCUGUUCCUUGUAUGUUAUACUUCAAUGUCAGUGGAAAUUCUUUAUCUGGAUUGCUUCCAAGAUUCAGCAAUACCAGUUGUCGUAGUAGCUUGAAUUCUUAUAAUGAAUUACUUGAUGAGGAGAACGUUAUUCAGGAGUCAUACUCAGGCAAGCCUAUCUGGAUUGAACAGAUAAUAGUGGAUAAUUACGUAAUUGCGCAUGACUUCAGCUGGAAUAGUUUUGUUGGCCCGCUGACAUCAUUCUCAAUUGUAAAUGAGUUUUUGGCGAAGGGUGUGAUUUCAUAUAAAUUGUUCUUGAAUAACAAUAACUUUACUGGCUCUCUUCCUGGUAAUCUGUUUCCUGGCUGUAAUCACAUUCGUACUUUUUUCAUAAAUUUGAGUGCCAACCGUAUAUCUGGAAUAAUAUAUCCUGAGAUGCUUCUUAAUUGUCUGAAGAUAACAGAGCUUGUAGCAGCAGACAAUCUGGUUGAAGGUUCGCUUCCUGCCGAGGUUGGCAGUUUAAAGAUGCUUCGUCGUCUAGACUUGAGCAAAAACAGGCUGUCAGGGUCUCUACCUGAUCAAUUAGGCGAGUUAGAGGAUUUGACAGGUAUUCUUCUUGGAGAGAAUAAUUUUUCAGGCAUAAUUCCCCGCCAACUCGGUCAUCUGGCUUCUCUUAUGAUUUUAAACCUGUCUCAAAAUAGCAUGACCGGAUCAAUUCCUUUGACUUUAGAGAAUGCAUCAAAUCUCGAAAUAUUAUUGCUUGAUCAUAAUACAUUUUCUGGAGAGAUACCUUUGUUUUUUUCAAACCUUUCCCGUCUAACUCAGCUAGAUCUUUCUUUCAAUAAUCUUUCUGGUCAUAUACCUCAUUUUCAAAAUUUCACUGAUUGCAGUAGUUUUAUAGGAAAUAAGUUAUUGAAUUCAUGCCCGGACCAAUACUCAAUGCCACCGGCUUCAGAUCCGGUCCAACUUGCAGUCCACAAGUCUAGCAACAAAAGCAAGCUAAGGACAUUUGUCAUAGUGAUGGUCUCUUCUGCAUCUUUUGUACUUCUUGUUCUAGCUGUGGUAUUUCUGGUCUUCCUUCACGGCAGGAGAAAGCUUAGUAGAAUCACUAGCUUAAGGAUAAAAGGUCUGGUGACCUUUUCUGAUACCCCAGUGGAACUGAAUUAUGACAAUGUUGUCGAAGCAACUGGAAAUUUCAGCAUUUCCAACCUGAUUGGAGCUGGAGGCUUUGGCUCAACUUACAGAGCAGAAUUGGCCCCAGGCUUUAUUGUAGCUGUGAAGAGGCUAUCAAUUGGUAGAUUUCAAGGAAUCCAGCAAUUUGAUGCCGAAAUACGAACAUUAGGAAGACUUCAACAUAAAAACCUUGUAACGCUUAUUGGGUACUAUGUUGGCGAAGAAGAGAUGUUUCUUGUCUACAACUAUCUUUCUGGUGGAAAUCUUGAAACCUUCAUACAUGAGAAAUCUGGCAGUCUUGCGCAGUGGCCAGUGAUUUACAAGAUAGCUAUUCACAUUGCAGAUGCUCUUGCUUUCCUUCAUAAUUCGUGUGUGCCAAGAAUAGUUCAUCGGGAUAUUAAGCCUAGCAACAUUUUACUUGACGAGGAGCUUAAUGCUUACAUCUCCGACUUUGGGUUGGCUCGUCUUCUCGAGGUCUCUGAGACCCACGCUACUACUAAUGUUGCAGGCACUUUUGGAUAUGUGGCCCCAGAAUAUGCAACCACAUGUCGAGUUUCUGAUAAGGCAGAUGUGUAUAGUUUUGGUGUUGUGUUGUUAGAAUUAAUAUCAGGGAAGAAGUCCCUUGAUCCAUCAUUUUCUAAUUAUGGGAAUGGAUUCAACAUAGUUGGAUGGGCCAGGUUGCUGAUCAAGGAAGGACGCCCAGUUGAAAUGUUCUCUCUGGAAUUGUGGGCUUCUGGUCCUCAUGAAAAUCUUUUGGGAAUGCUAAGACUAGCCGCAGCCUGCACAGUAGAAUCACUCCCUGUGAGGCCAACGAUGAAACAGGUUCUUGACAAAUUGAAGGAGCUGCAGCCGUGAUCACUGUAUCCUGCAAUCUUACCUAUCAGUAAUAAAUGCUGAUGGUACAGUCCCUACAAAAGGAAGAAGGUAAACCCGUGAAGGAGUGGCAUGCCUGCUUUACAUCUUGAUUACCCCAUACUAACCAAGUCCACAAACAAAGAGCAGCGGAAGUCGUGCUUGGGAAAACAGAAGCGAAGAUAAUGGCCUACAUGCGAAUUGUGAUACAAGGGUAAUUAUAUAUUUGUGAUAGUGCAGCAGCAUAAUAUUAUACUCAACUCGCCAUCUGGUCGGCAGAAUGAAAUGGAAAAAAUAUGAAUCAGCGUGGAAGUGGUGGAUGAAAAAGGGAAAUGCAAAGAAAUGGAAAGAUUGUAGAACCUGCGAUGAUGAUGUAUUUGUGAAGGGGAUGAGUAAGGAGUGAAAUGUGCAUAGUAGGUUGUAGGAAAUAUAUAAACGCUUCAUGUGGUUGCAAUGAAUUAGUUAAUUUCAAAUUGCUUGCUGAUAUUCCUGAUUGAAAGGCUGUUUGGCAUUGUGUUUGAUCAAAGCCCGGAGUAAUUUUGAACUUUAAUUUUCUCUCU